AUGCUGCUGUCGGUGGUGGCGCAGGUGUGGUACCUCCACGACCUGUUCCCCUAUCUCACCAACGACAUGUGGUGGCGCGACUACUUCAACGCCACGGGGGCCCCGAUCUUCUUGGGGGACCUGUACAACCUUCGAUUAGUCGUCCGAGGCGGCUGGCGCUGUGGAGGUCCAAAUAUGCCUCGAGAUGGCAACAGCCUUAGCACAAUGCGAGGCAGCCUCCUCUUUAUGUUCUGCUAUACGAUCCGCAUGGAGCAUGCGCUGGGUGUGACCCAGCACUUAACGAUCAAGGCGUACCCGUACGAGAACCGUGCCAUGUCAUGGAAGUCAUAUUUGUUGUACUAUGGCAUCUGGAACGACUUGGCCAUCGCCAUGCAGGCCAAAUCAGUCAUGGUGCGCAACACCAGUCGCUAUUCGUGUGACGAAACGAGGCUUCCGACUAUGGUGAGCGUGUCGGCGGCGUCGUCGGUGAAGUGGCAGGCAGAAGUGGGGCCGUUCAGAUCCAUCGAUGCAACACUGGUGGCCGUGCCACCGUCGCUGUGCUGA